AUGAAUGCCGAACACAUAAUUUGCAGUGGUCACUCAAAGUCGAGUGGUAACUCAAACAGUACAUCCAAAGAGAAUGAUAUAAAUAGCAAUGCAAAAAAGAAAGAAAGGCGUAAGAAAGGGGUGCGAUUUGAAAAUGUGAAGAUCUAUCUUUUCGAGAGAACACAGGGAUUUGAUGUUGUCCCAUCAUCUGGUGGCUUUGCACUUGGUUUGCUUUUGGCGUUUACAUCAUGAAUGCAGAAGAAACAUUUUGAUAUGAGUGAAGUUACACUUUGCAAUAAAGUGACUGAUGAUGGCUUAACUCGGUCGCAAAACAACAAAUUGCCUGCAAAAAGUUUGGUUGAGCAAGUGUGCACAGUGUCAACUAGGCGUAGACGAAGGUACUGUAGCGCGUUUGACGAAAACUCUGCAGUGGUAAAACGACGAAGAAGCAGUGAUGGAUCGGAGGAUCAAACGAAAAUAACUACAAAUGUAGAUAGGAGAGAGUCAAAAACAUCUGAAAGGACAUUUUCAACAAGCAUGCCAGAAAGUGUUUUGAGACAAAUUGACAGCGUGAAAGAAGAAAACGAGGAAGAUAAUAUUUGUAUAGUGAAGAAAUAUUUUCGCCCGCUUGAUCGAAGAAUUAGAUUACUCAAAUUGCGGAGGGCAGGUUUUAAAAAAAUUGUGAAUGACGAAGCGAUUUGUGAUGGUAUACGAGAAAGUCGGAAACAUUGUGGUUGUUCAUGUGGUACCUUACCAUGUUCACCGGAAACUUGUGAAUGUUCUAAAAAUGGUAUCGAAUGCUUGGUGGAUCGGCCAUCAUUCCCAUGUACUUGCACAACUGCAGAUUGCAAUAAUCCCUUCGGUCGCCGCGAAUUCGACGAAGUAGUGGUUCACACACAUUUCCGCUCAAUUCUUAUGCGUACGCAAGCAGCUCAGAAUCGAAAGCUCAGCGAUUUCUUUUCCGCAAUGCAUUUACGUUUUGGUGAGGAUGAUUGA